CCUUCCUUUUAUUACUUCUUCCCGACAUUACUUUGAAAAUUAUAUAUUUAAUUUUGAUAUGCAUUUUACUCGUUACAAGUUUGAACAAAAUAGUACAAGUUUGAAUAAAGGAUUGUUUGGCAAGUAUUUUUGCAGUUACCAAAGUUCUUCAAAUUCAUAUGUGUUUUCUAUUAAAGAAAUUCUCUAUAAAAAUGGUCCAUGUAGUGGCAAAACAACUGGACAAGCAAGAUUAUGUACAUUUUUUGAAAAUUUAGGAUGGAAGGUUUAUCGAGUACCGGAAGCUGCAACAGUGUUAUUGAAUGGAGGUGUUCGUUUUCCAGAUUUGACUCCAAGUGAAGUUAGAACUCAAAACCGUUCUAAAAUGCUACUUUUGCCAGCUGAAAAGUUCCAAGAAAAUCUUCUGAAAACUAUGAUGGCUAUGGAGGAGACAUAUUUCUCUUUAGCUUCAACUUGUAAUCGAAAUUGUUUAGUCAUAUGUGAUCGUGGAACAAUGGAUGCUGCAGCUUUUAUUCCUAAGGAUGUGUGGGAAAACAUGCUAGCAGCUAAUGGGUGGAAUGCAGUGCAGUUAAGAGAUAACCGAUACAAUCAAGUCGUACAUUUGAUUACUGCUGCCAAUGGAGCAGAAGAGUUUUAUAACGUCGAAGAUAAUAGCUGUCGAACAGAAGGCUUAGACUUAGCUAGAGAAAGAGAUCGUAGAGCAGCUGAAGCUUGGGUUGGACAUCCAUAUAUUGAUGUGAUUGACAAUUCUACAGAUUUUGAUACAAAACUUAGAAGACUAAUUGCAAGUGUUUGUAGAAGAAUUGGAAUAGAUACUGGAGAUAGGCUUGCAACAAAUAGUCACAAGCUGAAAUUCCUUGUUAGCAAACUUGCUCCAGAUGAUAUGUUCCCACCUUUUCAAGAUUUUGAAGUUGUGCAUGACUAUCUUGUCACAUCCAAUCCAAAAAUUCAAGCCAGGUUACGCAAGCGGGGCCAAAAUGGAAAUUGGAGUUACAUGCAUACUCAAAGGCGCAGGGAUGUUGAUUCUCAAGUGAUUGAAGUGAAGAGACAAAUUACUCAUCGAGACUAUAUUAAUAUGCUGAGUCAGAGAGAUGAAAAACAUUAUAGGGUUCUGAAACUGAGGCGUUGCUUUAUGUUGGACAAUAUGUAUAUGCAAAUGGAUAUUUACAAGGGUCCAUGCCAUCCAAGGUGUGAAGGUUUAAUUUUACUUGAGACCUACACAACACUCAAAGGAAGGGAAUUGAUUGGACGCUUGCCUGCAUUUUUGAAUGUCAUUAAAGAAGUUACUGGGAAUCCAGCUUACUCAAUGUUUAACUUGUCAUUCAAGGAAGAGUGGGCGCCCAGCAAGUUUAAGAAUGAAAAUAACUGUGUUGAUGGAGCUUACACAACCAUCAUUCAAACCUAAUUAAAUGGUCAGGUUUAAAUUUUGUUUGAGAUUAGGGUAAUCAAGUCACAUUUUUUUAAGUACUUAUUAAGUAUAAAAUUGUUUUGUAUAAAACUGUUAUUUAUGAUUAAUUGGGAUUAAAUUCAUUAUUGUAUACUAUAUGCUUUAGGUUUCAAAUAGAAUCUAGAUUGCAAAGUAAAAAAGAAUAGUACGAGAAAAAAAUUAGAAAUAUAAUUACACUAGAAGUGUCAAGAUGUUCUGUUAGUAUUUUCCUUUUCUAUAGGUCAUUCUGUGGGCUCUUUUUAUUUAUUUUUUUUCAGAGACUUUUCUUUCACUACCUUUAUUUAAAUGAUGGGAAAUGCAAUUGCACUUGAAUUUUGUUUUCUUUAGUUUUUUUUUUUUUUUGUGAUCUGAAAUACCAAAUGUAUUAGACAUUUUUAAAUAGUUAUUGUUAUACCUAAAAAACUGUUUUGUACUAGACUAGUACCAAAUAUAUAUGUUUGUUCCUUUGUAUAUUUAUUUGACUUUGUUUUAAGUGUAGUAUAUGUACUUAGAUUGGAUGAGACUGUUAAUGCCAUGUUUGUACUUGAUAUAAUAUAUUAUAUUUGGUAUUUGUUUUCUUUUGUUAUAUUAAAAUUUUACAAGUGAAGUUAUAUUCCCCUUGUAAAGUUUUUUAAGACAGGACUUCUAAAAAAGUAUUAAAUAAAGCUUGUUUUAACAGGCUGAAUAUUGCUUGUUCUGCAAGCUAUCUUUAAUGUAUACACAUAAGAAUAUUUCUUGAGGAGAAAUCAAAGAAUUUUAAAUAUUUUGAAGAAUUUGUUUUUUGUUUCUGUUAGACUUUUUAAUAUUUUAUAAAAAAUGGAAAAAAUGGAAAAAAAAAUGUAUUUAAAAUUAAUUGUGAAGAAUAUUAAAAUUGUUGGCAAGUUCCUUCCUUGUGAUUUCUUUUCAAGCUUACAGAUAAAUAUUAAUACUUGAGUAAUGGAUUUCCCCCCCCCCUAUAUUAGUAUUAUUUUUUAAGGCAUGUCAGUAUUUUUCAGUAACUCAUUGCUACCAUACUUGUUUUUUUUAAUAUUAUGAAAAUACCUUAUGAAUAAAAUUAAAAUUUUAAAGUAAUAAAUUAUGCCACUGUUAGAAAGAAGUUUAAAAAAUUUAUUUCAUUGUGGUAGAUUGUAUUUUGUAUGAAUACUUUCCUUUGAUAAGUUUUGACAAUUCUUUAAAAACAUUUGUAAAAGAUUAUACCACCCAUAUCAAAUGCCUUAAUGCUUUUAAAAAUGACAUGUUCUGCUAAUUUCCUUUUAUACUAAAUGUAUUUCUAAGGGUAAUUGGUAUAAACUUUUAGAAGGAUGUGUAAUGUUUUUGUAAAUUUUGCUGUACUGUCAUGGAAAAUAACCUUGUCAAAUGCAUGUGUACUUGAUUUUUAUUUGUUUAGGUAAUUAUUUUUUCCAAAAAAAAUGAAAAUUUUGCUUUUAAAAAAUUUUUCUUCCACCAGUAUUAUUUUAUAAAAUUUUCCUUGGAUAUAUUAGUAUUAUUUUUUAUUUAAAAAUUUAAUUAAUGAAUUUAAAAUUAUUAAUUUCACAGAUAUGAUGAUUUAAUUCCCCAAUUCAUUUUUCUGUGAUAAAUUUUUUUUUAUCACGAUAUUUGUGUAUAAAAAUUUUUGUUGUUAAAACCAGUUUACCAUCUUUUUUUUCAUUACUUUGUUUUAUAUCAUAAUUAUAUAGUAUCUGAUACUGAUUAGAACUGUAACUGCAUUUAACAUUAUGUUAUGAUUCAUAAGUAUCCAUCCUAUGGCUGCCUUUUUUCUUAUUGUUAAUUUUUAGUUUGCAUUUUUUCUCCCCAUUUCACCAUUCAAAACCUCAGUGAUUUUUACAUUUUUUUUUUAUAUUUAUCUCCAAGAUAAUAAAAAAACAUUCAUAUCAUAUUAUCAUAGGUAUUCAUAAUUAAUUUUAGAUGACUGUGCUUAUUAUUUGUUCUCUGGGAACAUAUUAUACAUAUGUUAAAAUGACAAUUUUUAUAAUAUUAGGUUUUUCUUUUGUUAAAUGUAACAUCUUUCUGUGAAAAAUUACCUUAUUUCACCACAAUGAAAUCAGAGCAUUAAAUUCCAAAAUAUUUUUAUAACUUUCAUUUUUGCCUUACAAUUUUUUAAUAGAUGUAUAAACAACAUAAGAAAAAAUAUAUAACUUUUAUAAAUUUUCUAUGAUGUUCAGUUUAAUGUUUUCAUAAUUUUUAAGCAUAAUGUGAAAUUGUCUAUUUUUCUAAUUCUAAAAAUUAAUAAUUUUCAUAAAAGUUGCAGCUAAAUUUACAAAGAAAAUUAUUUUCUAUAUAAAAUGCUUUGUAAUAAACUGGAGGAAAGGGACCUUAUUUACAGUUGGUCAGUAUUUUUUUUUUUUUUUUUUCAUUUGUUGCAUGCAUUUUUGUCCCAUGUUACUUAGAAGAAAAUAGUAGAAAAUCUUAUUCCCUUUUUAGAAAAUUUAAAUUUAAUAAAAAAAUUAACUUUUCCCCAAUUUUCAAAAUGUCACUCUAAAUUCUUUUUUUAAAACUUAGUUUCAACUGUGAUAUAUUGGUAUUUUUAACACUUUUCAGUAUGGAAUCUCAGAUGGGUUCACCCACCUCCCCUUAUUUUAUAAUUUUUUUUUAGCCCUAGAUCUGAUUUAUGUUUGUAUUCUUUGGCAAUUUUUAUAAAUGGCUAAAGUACUUGUGUUCAUGUUUUAUCAAAAAUGGAUUUCUUUUAUUGGCUUGUUUAAACAUUAAUCAUUCCCCCUUUUUUGCAUAAUAUGAUUUUGGUUGUUACAAGUACCUUUUAUUUUCAUGUACAAUUUUGUUAAUGUAUUGUAUUUGCAUUCUGAUUGGCAAGAAGGCAGUCUGGUUUGUUUAUAGUAAAUUGUGAGAUUUUCCAAAGAAUGACAAAUCACAAACCUAUUUUUGUGAUUAUGUGAUCCAUUUGUGAAAUAAAUCUUUAAGAAAUACA